AUGACCGCCUGCGCCUUCCUAGCGGGUGGGCUUCAGGACCCCCCUCUCAGCGCCCCCGUAAGGUGGGUACAGUCCCUGCCAGGUCUCUCCCAGGCCCUGCCCUGGCCACGGCCUCGGCUCCAGCUCCGGCUCCGGCUCCGGCUCCUGCUCCUACUGAUCCUCCUGCCGCCCUCCACGCUCUGCGCAGUAUUCAAAGUAGGGGUGCUAGGCCCCUGGACUUGCGAUCCCAUCUUUGCGCGGGCCCACCCGGACCUGGCUGCCCGUCUGGCUGCUGCCCGUCUGAACCGAGACCCUGCCCUGGAAGGCAGUCCGCGCUUCGAGGUCACGCUGCUGUCUGAGCCGUGCGGGACGCCAGGCUCGCUGGGGGCAGUGUCCUCCGCGCUGCCCCGCUUCUCUGGCCUAGUGGGUCCAGUGAACGCCGCGGCCUGUCGGCCAGCCGAACUGCUAGCCCAGGAAGCUGGGGUCGUGCUGUUGCCCUGGAGUUGCCCUGGGACUCUGACGGCGGACACCUCGGCCCCAGCCGUGACCCCUGCUGCUGAUGCCCUCUACACUUUCCUUCGUGCAUUCCGCUGGGCACGAGUGGCCCUGGUCACCGCCCCCCAGGACUUGUGGGUGGAGGCAGGACGCGCACUGUCCACAGCACUCCGGGCCCGAGGCUUGCCUGUCACUUUGGUGACUGCCAUGGAGUCCUCGGACCUGUCUGGCGCCCGGGAAGCCCUGAAGAGGGUCCAGGAUGGACCCACUGUCAGAGUAGUGAUCAUGGUGAUGCACUCCGUGCUGCUGGGCGGGGAAGAGCAGCGCUGCCUACUGGAGGCCGCAGAGGAACUGGGCCUGGUCGAUGGCUCCUUGGUCUUCCUGCCCUUCGAUGCACUCCACUACGCCUUGUCCCCAGGCCCGGAGGCCUUGGCCGCGCUCGCCAACAGUUCCCAGCUUCGCAAGGCCCACGAUGCUGUGCUCACCCUCACGCGCCACUGUCCCGAGGGGGGCAGUGUGCUGGACAGCCUGAGCACCGCCCAAGAGCACCAGGAGCUGCCCCCUGACCUCAAUCUGCAGCAGGUCUCCCCGCUCUUUGGCACCAUCUACGACGCGGUCUACUUGUUGGCAGGGGCAGUGGCAGGGGGGCAGGCAGCCGCAGGUGGUGGCUGGGUGUCUGGAGCAGCCGUGGCGACCCACGUCCAGGAUGCCCAGAUCUCUGGCUUCUGUGGAGCCCUAGGAGGAGCCAAGGAUCCCUUGUUUGUGCUGCUGGACACGGACGCGAAAGGGGAACAGCUGUUUGCCACAUACUUGUUGAACCCGGCUCGGGGCUCUAUGCGCUCUGCUGGAAUCCCUGUGCACUUCCCUCGCGGGGGAUCAGGGCCCAAGUCUGACCCCUGGUGCUGGUUUGAUCCAGAUGACAUCUGCGGAGGAGGAGUGGACCUGGGCGAUGUCUUUUUUGGCUUUCUCUUGAUGGUUGGGGUAGGACUACUUGGAGCCUUCCUGGCCCAUUAUGUGAGGUACCGGCUACUUCACAUGCAGAUGGUCUCCGGCCCCAAUAAGAUCAUCCUGACUCUGGACGACGUCACCUUCCUCCACCCACAGGGGGGCAGCUCUCGGAAGGUGGCCCAAGGGAGCCGAUCGAGUCUGGCUGCCCGCAGCACUUCAGACGUUCGCAGCGUUCCCAGCCAGCCCUCAGACAGCUCCAACAUUGGCCUCUUUGAGGGAGACUGGGUUUGGCUGAAGAAAUUCCCAGGGGAGCAACACAUAGCUAUCCGGCCAGCAACCAAGACAGCCUUUGCCAAGCUCCUGGAACUCCGGCACGAGAACGUGGCUCUCUACUUGGGGCUUUUCCUGGCGAGAGGAACGGAUAGUCCUGCGGUCCCCGAAGAGGGCAUCCUGGCUGUGAUUUCUGAGCACUGCACGCGAGGCUCCCUGCAAGACCUACUCGCCCAGAAAGAAAUAAAGUUGGACUGGAUGUUCAAGUCCUCCCUCCUGCUAGACCUCAUCAAGGGAAUGAGGUAUCUGCAUCACCGAAGAGUGGCUCACGGGCGGCUAAAGUCACGGAACUGCGUGGUGGACGGGAGGUUUGUGCUCAAGGUCACCGACCACUGCCACGGGCGACUGCUGGAAGCACAGAGGGUGUUACCAGAGCCUCCCAAGGCUGAGGACCUGCUAUGGACAGCCCCGGAGCUGCUUCGGGACCCGGCCCUGGAGCGCCGGGGCACGCUGCCGGGCGACGUCUUCAGCUUGGGCAUCAUCAUGCAGGAGGUCGUGUGCCGCACCCUCCCCUACGCCAUGCUGGAGCUGAGCCCCGAGGAGGUGGUGCAGAAGGUGCGGAGUCCUCCUCCACUGUGUCGGCCCUCGGUGUCCAUGGACCAAGCGCCCAUGGAAUGCAUCCAGCUAAUGAAACAGUGCUGGGCAGAGCAGCCAGAACUUCGGCCCUCCAUGGACCGCACCUUUGAACUGUUCAAAAGCAUCAAUAAGGGCCGAAAGACAAACAUCAUCGACUCGAUGCUGCGGAUGCUGGAGCAAUACUCCAGUAAUCUGGAGGACCUGAUCCGGGAGCGCACGGAGGAGCUGGAGCUGGAAAAGCAGAAGACAGACCGUCUGCUCACACAGAUGCUGCCUCCGUCCGUGGCUGAGGCCCUCAAGAUGGGAACACCUGUAGAACCCGAGUACUUUGAGGAGGUGACACUGUACUUCAGUGACAUCGUGGGCUUCACCACUAUCUCAGCCAUGAGUGAGCCCAUCGAGGUGGUGGACCUGCUCAACGACCUCUACACACUCUUCGAUGCCAUCAUCGGUUCCCACGAUGUCUACAAGGUGGAGACAAUUGGGGACGCCUAUAUGGUGGCCUCCGGGCUGCCGCAGCGGAAUGGGCAGCGGCACGCGGCAGAGAUCUCCAACAUGGCGCUAGACAUCCUCAGUGCCGUGGGCACUUUCCGAAUGCGCCACAUGCCCGAGGUGCCCGUGCGCAUCCGCAUAGGCCUGCAUUCAGGCCCGUGUGUGGCGGGCGUGGUGGGUCUCACCAUGCCGCGGUACUGCCUGUUUGGGGACACGGUCAACACCGCCUCACGCAUGGAGUCCACCGGGCUGCCUUACCGGAUCCACGUGAACAUGAGCACCGUGCGGAUUCUCCGCGCUCUAGACCAGGGCUUCGUGACCGAAGUGCGAGGCCGCACGGAACUAAAGGGUAAAGGCGCAGAGGAAACAUACUGGCUGGUGGGCAGACGCGGCUUCAACAAGCCCAUCCCCAAACCGCCAGACCUGCAACCGGGGGCCAGCAAUCACGGCAUCAGCCUGCAGGAGAUACCCCCCGACCGGCGCCUGAAGCUGGAGAAGGCGAGACCAGGCCAGUUCUCCGGGCAGUGAGGCCCUGCCCUAGACAGGAUUAUUCUGGAAGGUCCUUUUCCUGAAAGUUGCUGCUAUAGGGGAACGAAAGUCUGGCUAACGCUGGUGGCUUCUGUCCAGCUCUGCCUCAAAGGACUCUGAGCCUUUACAAGAACUGGUUGCAAACCAGCCAUGUGACCUUGGGAAAGUCCCAUGCCCUCUCCAGGCUGGGGUUCCCCUCAGUGGCAAAAUGAGGGUGGCCUAAGUGGUUUCUACAGCCCCGUGGUCCUGGCAGCUGGGCUUUAGAAUGGCUGACCGUGGAAUAUGGGACACUGUGGCACGUGGCCCUCAGCCAUAAGGACCCUGAGCUUAGCAGGGGCCGUUGCGGUGGGAAUUCUCCAAUUUCCAGAGCCUCUCAGGACUCCAGGAAGGAGGAUCUGGGAUUGGAUACCCUAAGCCCGGCGGAAGUAGAGUCCUCAUGUUCUAUCAGAAUAAAGGUUGUCACAUGGUCAGGUUGUCGCAUGCAUCAGAGAAGGUGAGGACUUCUGUUUAGCCUCAAGCCUCAUUCCCACCUCUAUCCCCGAUCAGAAACUGGCUCCUUCUCCUGGGAGCAAGUCAGAUAAUUUGCCCAAGUGCAGAGAAAAGUUUGCUUUGAAGCUUUGAUAAAAAUAAAAGUAAACAUCACCAAAUCUUUACGAACCAGAACACCCAAGAAGUAGUAUUUUCUUUUUAACUGGGUGCUGCUAAGCAGGCAGUUAGACAGAAAAUCCUCUCUGCUUAGUUAGAUCUUUACAGCCAGUGUCAAUGCCCUGACCUGGCAGGUCCCCAGCUGAAGUUUCCCUUGUGGAACUCUGACAUUCCAGGGCCUGGGCCUUGGCGCAUUUCACUCUUGGUGUCCUUAGCCAUUGCUACAGACCCUGGAAGAAGUUAGCAGCUGCUGCAGCCAUCCAGGCAGCCACCGUAGCUAGUGAGUGCCCAGCCCCUGGAAGUGUGCAAGCAAAACUGGAGGCAGCAUUGGCCAGGGGUGUGACGGUCAGAAGGAAUGCCUAGGCUGAAGGAUGAACGGAAUCCUCACUACGAAGAGCGUGGUUGGCGGGUCAGCAGCAUCGACAUCCCCUGGAAGCUUGUUUGAAAUGCAGAAUCUGACCAAGGUGGUGCCGGCAAUGGGAUGCCAUUGCACAAUACUGGAGCUAUAUGAGAAGGCCCCAGGUUCGGAUCCCAGAACAAUCUGAGCACUCGGGUGAGACCCUGUCAGGGGUACGUGUCUCUCUUUCUC